UCACAUAGUGAGAAGUGAGCUGUCACCAAGAGCUAAGUGUUCCAUUUCAGUGGCAUGGUCAUGGAGGUAGACUAUCCAUUCCUUAAACUAGCGAUAUGAAGCAAUGGAUUGAUUUCAGCAUUGGGCUCUUUUGCCAUCGCUUCUGAUCAGUCAGUAGCUCUUAAAUCAGUUAACGACUGACGAACCACCGGCGCUUCCGAUAUCUCCCUGCGGGCUAGCAUGCAGCCGUCCUGGUUUCUCCAAGUGUUAUCAUUGGCCUCCAUGUGUCUAACUGUCAGUGUGAACACCAUGCUGGUGAGGGCAAACCUUAGUGAGGAUGUGGUCCUGCCCUGCGACUGCCCUAACAUCGGCCCCAAGCUUUAUCUGGUUUGGCAAAAGAAUGGUAUGAUUGUGAACCAUAACACCAAUAAAGAGGCCAAAAUAGAUGAGUCAUACCAAAAUCGCACCCACAUUAACCUGUCGAAGGAGAAUAAAAACUGCUCGUUGCUUCUGAGCAAUGUCUCUUUGAGAGAUGAAGGGGAAUACUGGUGCUACUACAAAGGUGCUGCGCUUCAAGAUUUGAAUGUGACAUUAAAAGUGACUGGGCUUGACUUGGACUUGGCGCGUAAAUGGAGUCACACAGGAACACAGGGCCCAGCUGAACCCAGGAUGUCCACAACUACGACAACAACAUUGAUUUGCAUGCCCCUAUUCGUGGUGGGACUGCUUAUUGUGUUGCUUGCACUUGUCACGUGUAAGCGGCGUGGCUUGAUUUAUAAGAUGCCCACAGCCAGUAUGGAAGCAGCGGUGACAGAUGAUGCAGGGACCCAACUGCAACCCUUGUGCAACAGACCUGCACACUUACACAAACACCUUGAGGAGAAUUCACAGUUCACAGACAAAGAGGAAGAGAUAAACGGAACGGGUAAACAAACAUAACUUAAGCAAGUUGAGUGAGUUCAGGUUGGCAAGCUGGAACAGCUGCCAAGCCAACGAUCGUUGAUGGAAAUUAUACGGUGUCUGACAGAGGACAGGAUUUGCAGCUAAGUCCCACAGAGACUCUCUGGAGGUGAGGGUGUACCCCCUCACUCUGAACUUUCCAUUUCAGUGAACCUCCCAUAAGGUAAAAAUGUAUAUUGCCAAUAAAGGUGUCAAGAAAAUAACUCAGGUGAUAACAAGUAGCAUUAGUAGCAGGUGAUAACAAGUUGUAAAUUUCCUUGUGCUAUUGCAUGGGGACCUCCCACUGUGGCCUAUCCUCUCACUGUCACAUACAAGUACUCAUAGCCAGCAACCUAACCAAUAUAACAACUGCCCAACCAUAGAUCCUGAUGCGACAACAAAGCACAACUGGCUGGAGACAGCUGAAACAUGUCCUGCUUAUUGAGCCCGGGAUCUAUAAAGAUAAAUCCUUCACAUUACAACAUGCACUGUCUGUAGCCCGCAAGUGCUAAACACAACAACAUGACUGCCCAACCAUAAAACCUGAGCAGCAGGAUACAAGAACAUCGACAAAGCUGCCUUCGGGACCAUUUCACUGUUUUUUUUUUCAAGCAGGCACCUUCCUUCUUCAGUGUUUUGUUUAAGUAGGCCCACGGUACUUCCAGAAGGCAUCUGUCUGGCAUCAUACUCACCAUGGGUUAUAAUACAUACCACUACCAGAGACAACAACAGAUACACAACUCAAAAUACAACUCGACAAGAUUUCACAUAUUUCAGUUCUAGUUCAAGUUCAUUCAUGUCCCCAAGUCACUUCUUAUCUGUGCAACUUCCCUGUUGUUCUUGGCUCAUGUAAAGGUAUUUGUGUGUUAACCCACUUAAGCUGUGAAUGACACGCUUAAUGAUUGAGCCUUCUGUUUGUGGUGGAACAUUCCAGUGGUGGUUGCAUCUUUCAAAAUAUAUGAAAUACUUAAGACAAUUUCCAACAGCAAAACAGUAAUUAAUAGUUAACUCUCUUUUGAUACCGUUUUUGUUCUAAUGUCAUGACCUUGCUAUUUUAUUUGAUGUUGCUAUUUUAUAAGAUGUUUUUGUGUGUGUGUGUAUGUGUGUGUGAGAGAGAGAGAGAGAGAGAGAGAGAGAGAGAGGGUGGUUGGGGGAGAGUCUGGAAGACAGAAAAGGAGACAGGAAAUGACAGGGAUGGCCAGUAGGUGUCAAUGUUGCACUUUAGCAUUUUGAAAAUAAUCCGCUUUUAGCUUUUGAGGAGCACUCACCUAGUCCGUCUAAAAUGACUCUUUCCCUGCCAUAGUGACCUAUUAGGCAUAGACAAAGACUGCCAACCAACAUAAACUCUAUUGGGCACGAUGACUACAGAACAAACAAGAGGAUUGUUCAGUUCCAAACUCAUGUAGUAGUAUUUGGGUUGUUGACCCUUGACACAAAAUCACCAUGGCUACUAUCUAGCUUUGUUCUUUGUCUGCACAGCUAUCUAGUGUGAUUGUAAAAUAUGUACAUGAAAGAAUAAAAUGAAGUCACUUAA